AUGUCGACAGCGAACAAUCCCACCGAAGCCACCAACCCGGAGGAGGUUGACACUAAUGUCGUUUCGGAGUACGUGGAGCUGCUUGGAAACACUUCUUCGUUGGAGGACCUACAAACCGACGAGCAGAGGAGAGUUCUUGAUAUGGUCAGUAAUCAUUUUCCCCUUAUCGGGAUUUGGUCUCUAAAAUGGGUUGCUAAUGAACCGAACCUUGAACAGGUUGUGCAAGUCCGAAAGUGCGGACUGGACGACAACCUUUCACUCCCUCAGCUUGUUGUCUGCGGAGACCAGUCCUCGGGCAAGAGUUCGGUUUUGGAAGCCCUCACCGAGAUCCCAUUCCCCCGAAACGACAACCUGUGCACCCGAUUCGCGACGGAAAUCAGCCUUCGGCGUGCCAACACGGAGUCUCUGACCAUCAAGGUCAACCCGGCCAGCACUCGAUCGGCUGCCGAGCAGGAGAGUAUUAAGAAGUUCACCGAGGUCAUCACCAACUUCAGCGAGCUUCCACGAAUCGUUGAGCUGGCAAUGGGCGUUAUGGGCAUCUCCAAGGGAACCGAACCUGACUCCAAGCCCCGAGCUUUCUCUCGAGACGUUCUCAGCAUCGAGAUUAGCGGACCCAGACGCCCACAACUUACACUGGUCGACAUCCCGGGCCUGAUUGCAACUUCGACCAAGGGAACGACAAAGGCCGAUGUCGACAUGGUAACGGAGAUCACCGAGUUUUACAUUUCACAGAAGCGAACCAUCUGCCUUGCUGUGGUCUCGGCCACCAACGACUAUGCGAAUCAGAAGAUCCUCGACAAGGUCAGAGACGUCGAUCCCAAGGGUGAUCGUACUCUUGGCAUCAUCACCAAGCCUGACGGACUGGCUCCAGGCUCGGGGGCGGAACGUGGCUACAUCGAUCUCGCCAUGAACGAAGACAUCGAGCUGAACCUCGGAUGGCACGUUCUCAAGAACAGAAAGUUUGAGGAGACCGACUUCACCAUCGCCGAGCGAAACGUCGCCGAGGCUGCCUUCUUCCGCAAGUCCAACUUCAAGAAGCUGCCUCCCGAUACUGUCGGCAUCGAAUCGCUCAGACGUCGAUUAAGCUUGCUCUUGUUCGAGCACACCAAGAGGGAGCUUCCGCAGCUUCGUCAGGACCUGGAAGAUCAACUCGAGAGCUCCCGGAUGUCGCUCGUGAAGAUGGGUACGCGCCGAUCGACAGCCGUCGAGUGCAAGGCAUACCUGUCCCAGACAAGUUUGGACUUCUACCAGACGUGCAAGGCUGCUGUGGAUGGACACUACGAGGGUGCCUACUUCCAGAAAAAUAUCGAUCUCACCUUCUCCCCAAGCUCCCCGUCCACAGUAGCACGGACCAGAGCUGUGAUUCAAUCUCUGAACAUGGAGUUUGCAGACACGAUGCGUCUCCAGGGCCACAAGUACCAAGUUGAUAUGGAUACAAGACGUUCGGAUUCGUCUGAUAACGGGUCUAAUGAUGGGUCUGAUGGGUCUGAUGCGUCUGAUGAUGAUAAUGCUGAUAACGAUAAUGAGGAUGAGGAUCACAGUGCCAUGGGUUGGGCAGUCAAACCAGACCAGGCUGGCCCCAAGCCAUUGACAAAGGAUGAAGCCCUACAGUGGGUCAGCAAGGCACUGACGCGAACCCGCGGGAAGGAGCUCGUCGGCAGCUACAACCCCCUCCUCAUCGGCGAGCUAUUCUGGGACCAGUGCUCCGGCUGGGAGAAGCUCGCCCUCUCCCACGUCGACGCCGUAGCCAAGAUCUGCCGCAGCUUUCUCAAACAGCUGCUGCGCGACAACUACCCCCCGGACGUCGAGGCUCGGAUCUGGGCCUUCAAGAUCGAGGAGCAACUGCGCGUUCGGUAUCACAACGCUGUCGAGGAGCUGAAGAAGCUGACGCAUGACCUCCGAAGCUACCCGAUCAACUACAACCAUUACUACACGGAUACCAUCGCCAAGCGACGCCAGCAGCGACAGAAGGCUGCCCUCAAGAAAGCCAUGGAAGAGGGGACCGCUGCAGCGUGGAAUUCAGAUGGCCUCGACCUCGAUGUCUCGCGGGUCGUUCGCAGUUUCGCCGACCAGAUCAACCCGAACAUGGACAGCUUCAGUUGCGAAGAGGCCUUGGAUUCCCUCUUUGCCAUCUACAAGGUGACGCAAAAGACCUUCGUCGCCAACGUCACGACCCAGGUCGUGGAGCGCCACGUCGUCACGGGCCUCGAGAAGAUCUUUUCCCCCGUCGUCGUCAACGGCCUCGAGGCGGCGCAAGCCGAGGCGCUGGCGGGCGAGCCCGCGGCCGACCGGCUGCAUCGGGAGCGCCUCGAGGCGCAGAUUGCGAAGCUGGAGGAGGGCCACGAGAUCUUUGAGUAUGUCAUGUGA